GCGGUGCACAAGCUGGCUGGCAGGCAGGAGGCGGCGCUACCAGUGCCGGGGCAGGACGCGGGGUCGGGAGCGGUGGCGAGGACAUGGCGGAGACUAUUAUAAUUCGUGUCCAAUCACCCGAUGGAGUGAAACGCAUCACAGCAACAAAGCGGGAAACUGCUGCAACGUUUCUGAAAAAGGUUGCAAAAGAAUUUGGCUUCAGAAAUAAUGGAUUUUCUGUGUACAUCAAUAGAAACAGGACUGGUGAGAUCACAUCAUCUCCCAAUAAGUCCCUCAACUUAUUAAAAAUCAAGCAUGGGGAUAUGCUGUUUCUCUUUCCCUCGAGUCCAGCUGGCUCUUCCUCUGAGAACAUGGAUACGUCAUCGAUGUCUCAAGGAGUUCGCCCUCUAGGUGUUCCCCAGGUGGUAGAAGAUGAAAUUGACCAGUACCUAAUAAAACAAGAUGGAAAGAUUUACAGGAACAAAGAUCAGCAACAAUGUCGACAUGGCCCGCUGGGCAAAUGUGUGCACUGUGUACCAUUAGAGCCUUUUGAUGAGGAUUAUUUAAACCAUCUGGAACCCCCUGUGAAGCAUAUGUCAUUCCAUGCCUACAUCAGGAAACUGACCGGAGGCGCAGACAAGGGGAAGUUUGUUGCCCUUGAAAACAUUAGCUGCAAGAUUAAAUCUGGCUGUGAGGGACAUCCCCCGUGGCCAGAAGGCAUUUGCACUAAAUGCCAGCCAAGUGCCAUCACACUCAACAGGCAGAAAUACAGGCAUGUGGAUAACAUCAUGUUUGAGAACCAUACAAUUGCAGAUCGUUUCUUGGACUUCUGGAGAAAAACGGGAAACCAGCAUUUUGGGUACUUAUACGGGAAGUAUACAGAGCACAAGGACAUCCCUCUAGGUAUCCGAGCUGAGGUUGCUGCCAUCUAUGAACCUCCACAGAUUGGUACACAAAACAGUCUGGAACUCCUAGAAGACCCAAAGGCGGAGAUUGUGGAUGAGAUUGCAACCAAGCUGGGCCUGAGGAAGGUUGGCUGGAUAUUCACAGAUCUGGUCUCAGAGGAUACGCGGAAGGGGACUGUCCGGUAUAGCCGGAACAAGGAUGCUUAUUUCUUAAGUGCAGAAGAGUGCAUCACAGCUGGGCAUUUUCAGAAUCAGCACCCAAACAUUUGCCGCCUGUCCCCAGAUGGUCACUUUGGAUCCAAGUUUUUCACUGUGGUGGCUACAGGUGGUCCUGACAACCAAGUCCACUUUGAGGGCUACCAGGUAUCCAACCAGUGCAUGGCUCUAGUACGUGACGAGUGCUUGUUGCCAUGCCGCGAUGCUCCAGAGCUCGGCUAUGCAAAGGAAUCCAGCAGUGAACAAUAUGUGCCUGAUGUGUUCUAUAAGGAUAUAGACAAGUUUGGCAACGAGAUUACUCAGCUAGCUCGUCCACUCCCUGUGGAGUACCUAAUCAUAGAUAUUACUACUACGUUCCCCAAAGAUCCAGUUUACACAUUUUCUAUUUCUCAAAAUCCAUUCCCUAUUGAGAAUCGUGAUGUUCUGGGAGAAACUCAGGACUUCCACAGUCUGGCAACUUACUUGUCCCAGAACACGUCCUCAGUGUUCCUCGACAUCAUCUCCGAUUUCCAUCUGCUCCUCUUCUUGGUCACCAAUGAAGUGAUGCCUUUAAGGGAUAGCAUCAGCUUGUUGCUGGAGGCAGUCAGGACUCGGAAUGAAGAGCUUGCACAGACUUGGAAGAAAUCUGAGCAAUGGGCCACCAUUGAACAGCUUUGCAGCACAGUUGGAGUUCAGCUUCCAGGACUCCAAGAAUACGGUGCCAUGGGUGGUUCGACACACGCCACAACCUCCGCCAUGUGGGCCUGCCAGCACUGCACCUUCAUGAACCAGCCGGGCACAGAUCACUGCGAGAUGUGCAGCCUCCCACGUAGCUAGGCCCCCUCUCGGCUUAGCAUUCGGGGCAGCCCUUACAGACCAACUGGCGGAAAUACAGAGGCAAACCCUUAGCCAGGCGGGGGACUGUUCUUCCUCCUGGGAUGACGCACCCUGAGGGUCGGGGCAGGUGGGGGAGGGGCGGGGAGCGACCCACGUCGUGGGCACUCGGUGCCAUCCAGCGGGUGACAGCUUGCCGGUGGAACUGGAUGUUUUAGGGGGAGGGAUAUGGCACAGCCCCUCUGCCCGGCCCUGCUGCCUUGUCUUUUCUUUGCCCUCAGUAUUGUAGAAAGCCAGCCAGUGGUCAUGUUUCCCUGGAGCUGCCGUCGCGCAACCCCGUGGGCACAUGGCAGUGUGGUCAUGCUGCGCCCGCCCCGCCCCCAAUCAGCUUGCAUGCCACAAGCUUCCCCCAGCCUUAAGCCAGUCACAGUGAGGCAAGGCAGUUGUGUUGAAGGGGUCAAUUGGGUCCCCAGGCUAGCUUGCCUGAUGUUGCUCCCUUGACAUGCUUUUUGCAUUUAGCCCCAGAAUCGCUGGGUCCCUGGUGCCUGCGUCACUUCGGUCCAGCCUCUAAUUAGAGCUUCCAAAUUGAGUGGCCUGCACUGGCAGAACCUACAGUUGCUUUGUAGCCCCCCGGGCUAAGUCCCAGACCGACUAUCUCGGCUAGAGAGGAAGAGGAGGAGAGAACACACUUCUCAACUUGGUAGGGUGUCUACAGUCGUCCAGCCCAGCCGCAAUGGCCACAGAUUUAAAGAGCUCUAUCAAAACAGCUGUCUCCUGGUGCUUCUCAGCUAGAGCUAGGUAACAGAGGGCCAUUCUUGCCCAAAUCGGGCAGUGGGGACCAGCUGGCUUCCCAAUCUGGAAGCGGGUCGCAAUUUGGCGGCAUCCUCCUGGCUGUUUCAGGGUUGGGCAGGCAGUUCGCGAGCAGUUUGCUUGCCCCAGAUUUCCAUAAUGCUGUCAUCCCUUUGCAUUUAAAGCCAAUUCCUGGUCUUUGUAGCUGUGAGCAGGCAAACCUCGCAAGUACCUUUCCUCGUGCCUGUUAGCGACUUAAAUAGCAUCCCAGCAGGGAAAGCUAAAUGGAACGUUUGUCGGCAUCUUGAAAGGAGCUUUGUCUUGCUGCAGCGCGAUCCAGGCAAAUUGCAGCCGAGGCGCUGGAAAUUCUCCUGCCUCCAGAACACUUACCUGCCUCCUCUUCCCAUAACCACAUUUUUAGCAGUUCCCUCGAGCUCCUCAUGUCUUUUGAUGUGUGAGCUCCUCCAUUGCCAUACAGAGAUGUGCUUUCAUUGUCCAAAAAUUCCCAGCACCUCUGCCAGCAGUGUUAGGGCACAUUUGGUUCCUCUUGCACAGCAGUAUUUCUGCACCUAACUAGCCUGUUCAUCCCCUAGGCAACUCCCAUCAGUUUUAUAGCAGAGAAGCAAGGCAUUCAUGCCAUCCAUUGGGUUAUGGGGACAGAGGGCAUCCCGUAAUUUUUAUCUUGUUAGAUGCCCACCCCAGCAAAAUGUGCCUCCACCCCAGCUACCAGUUUUCUUUAUGGGCCUGUAGGCCUGGCUCCCAGACAGCUGCCAUGAGCGAUGCAGUCUCUACCUUUCCAUGGCUGGAAAUACCUAGGGCUUUGACCGUCAGGUGUUUGAACCAAUACUUCACCUGGCCCUUGUUACUGCUGACAGGACAUGCGACUCUCUUCUUUCCUGGGUUUGUGUUUUGACUAGAUUCCUUGAGCUCACCGGGCUGUAGCUACUCUUGCUAUUCCUUUUCAUUCUAUGGGUUGCAGAGGUGUGUGUUUGGUUUGGACUGGAGUUGACUGAAUAACAGCCCUGCAAAUAAAAAAAUAUAUUAAAAGCGUCUGAAAUGGAA